GCCAAUAGUUCUUUUCUUAGACGUUAUUUUCUUUGCUUACAAAAAUGUACGUUACAAAGCCUCUGUCUGUGUAUAGAAGGUCUCCUCAGUUACUUUCUCUACCGCCCCCGGAGGGGCCAAAUUCCGGUUAUCUUGUACUUCAUGACGACGAAUCAGUCGAGAUUAACUGUUGCGGAUGCGAGGACAACGUGGUUAGAGGUUUGCCUUUCCCUCAGAACAAGGAUUUAACCGUUGGAUAUGGCUCAGAUGACGAUGCUGUUGCCUUCAGAUGGCUCAGAACACGGAUAUUGGCUGUUGCGGCGGUAAAAGUAUUCCAAAUGCUAAACCAAAACCCUUGGACCCGUCAGACAUAUAUCAGCAAUUUAGGAUACUUCCCAAGGAGAUGGGCAGCAGUCCUUUUUUUGCCAAGUCUGUUGAUCCAGAUGGUUUUCCUCCUUACUUCUUGAGGAGGAAAGGGUGGAGCGUGAGAAUGAGCACGCUGGAUCGUAACCAAUUGGGUGAAGCCUCAGGACUCAACUCUUCACUACGAGCUAGCCUUCCCGGGUUUGAUUUUCCAUUAUCACAUGAUUGCUCUGAAGUAGUGUGUGUUGGCAAGUGGUAUUGUCCUUUCAUGUUUGUCAAGGAAGGAGGGGUGAAGUUGAAGGACCAAAUGAAAUAUUCCAUGUACUAUGAAAUAAAACUUGAGCAAAGAUGGGAAAAGAUUUUUGACAGCGUUUAUGAGAACGCCGAAGGAAAAAAGAAUCCUGCUGUGUUUGUGGAUGCUUUUGUUCAAAGAGAGGUGGUUUAUGUGGGUGGACAGGAGGCUGUUUGGGAUGAAAGAAAUGCGGGUGCGGGUGAUAUGUUCGUGUGGUUUAAGAGUUUUCAUGGGGUGGGACGGGAAACAAGUGUGGGAUUGAGCAUGAAAGUUUUUGAAAGAAUGAAAUGGGAGCAGGAAAGAGUUGGAUGGGUUGGUGGGGAUGAAGGGCAAGUGAGGGUGCAGAGAGUGGAAGAGUUUGGGGGAAGGGGUGGUGGCGGGUGGAAGAGAUUUAGUUGUUACGUGCUAGUAGAGAGGUUUGUAUUGAAGAGAAUGUCUACGACAGGAAGCGCGGCAGGACUACUUGCAUAUGAUUUCAAGCACACUCACCAGAUUAGUAGAAAAUGGGAAUGACAAAAAUUUGGUUGCUACACCUACAUGUACUGAAAUGAAUGGACGGGAAGUUUGGUAUCGAGUCAUGGUUUUCAGACACGCUGAUCAUUGUAUUUAGGGCCGAAAAAACUUCCGAUUUGUCCUGUUUUCGGGUAUACACUAAUCGUUUUAGGUACAUUAUUGCAGCAUUGUUCUUUUAUAAUGUUUCUGGACAGAAUCAUGAGCAGUGUAUAAAUAAUGAGUGUUUCCAUUAUAAUGUCUUCAAUCUCAGGUCUUGCACAGAAAGACAUUAAGCUUGAAAGAAACCUUAACUUCCAGCUUAUGAUGAUCAUGGAAUUUUUUAACCUUCGAGAUAUAUGCUAACAUUCCGACUUAAUUAGCUACGCGCCUGUCUUCCAGAUUUCAACUUCCCAUUAUCGCUUACAAGCUCGAAUCCGGUGGUUGUGAGAAAGUGGUAUUGCCCCUUCAUGUUUGUUAAGGAGGGAACACCAAAAGAUCAAAUGAGCAGGACAAGGUUUUACGAGAUGACACUUGAGCAAAGAUGGGAACAAAUAUUUGCACGUGACGUAAUUACAGCGAAGGCAACGCUGUGGUGGUUGAUGUUUUCAUUGAAAACGUGUCUGUUGCUGUUGGUGGGAACGCGGAUGCUGUGCAUGAGGAGAUGGAUGUGGCUAAUGGGGUUAUGUGGUAUAGGGGUUUAGACAAUGUAGG